ACACGAUUCGCACGAUAGAGAUUUCAAGUGUAGAGCGGCUCACUGUUUUGCUGUGUCUUUUAAACCGGGAUUUAAGCCGUUCCUCCCGCUCCAUGGGAGCGAGCACGUCGUCUCCUCUCUGUGGUUCGGUGGCUCUCGCUGUCUCUUCACCAUAGAGAGGGCGAGAGGGGCUGAAAGCGGCCGGCCGCGGGGCCUGUCGGGAAAGGAGCGUCGCGCCUUUGCGUCGCGUGCGUCGGCCGGGUGGGCAAAAGCUUCGCGGGCACCGGGAGGCUGCCGGCGGCGGGUGAGGGAAAAGGGAAAGGCGGCGUCGGGCGAGCGGGAGUCCGCCGCGACUGCGGCUUGAACGUCAUGGCGGGAGGCGGCAGCGCCGGCGAGUGGUGCCUCAUGGAGAGCGACCCCGGUGUCUUCACGGAGCUCAUCAAGGGGUUCGGUUGUAGAGGUGCACAGGUUGAAGAAAUAUGGAGUUUGGAGCCAGAAAACUUUGAAAAAUUAAAACCAGUUCAUGGAUUGAUUUUUCUGUUCAAGUGGCAACCAGGGGAAGAACCAGCAGGCUCUGUUGUUCAGGAUUCCAGAUUAGAUACAAUAUUCUUUGCUAAACAGGUUAUAAAUAAUGCUUGUGCAACCCAAGCCAUAGUCAGUGUGCUGUUAAAUUGUACCCAUCAAGAUGUUCAUUUAGGAGAAACACUAUCAGAAUUUAAAGAAUUCUCACAAAGCUUUGAUGCAGCGAUGAAAGGCCUGGCAUUAAGUAACUCAGAAGUAAUUCGGCAAGUCCACAACAGUUUUGCCAGACAACAGAUGUUUGAGUUUGAUGCAAAGUCAACAGCAAAAGAAGAAGAUGCGUUUCACUUUGUUAGCUAUGUCCCUGUAAAUGGAAGGUUAUAUGAAUUGGAUGGUCUGAGGGAAGGCCCAAUAGAUUUAGGAGUGUGCAAUCAAGAUGACUGGAUCAGUGCUGUGAGGCCUGUCAUAGAAAAAAGAAUACAAAAAUACAGUGAAGGUGAAAUAAGAUUUAACUUGAUGGCAAUAGUAUCUGACAGAAAAAUGAUAUAUGAACAGAAAAUUGCACAACUGCAGAGACAGCUUGCUGAGGAAGAGCCUAUGGAUACAGACCAGAGUAGCAAUAUACUAAGUUCUAUUCAAUCGGAAGUUGCAAAAUAUCAGAUGCUGAUUGACGAAGAAAACCAAAAAUUGAAAAGGUACAAGGGGGCUGUGCAACCUGAUCCCUCCGUCAAGAUUGAAAACAUUAGAAGGAAACAUAAUUACCUGCCGUUCAUAAUGGAAUUGCUAAAGACUUUAGCAGAGCACCAACAGUUAAUCCCACUUGUAGAAAAGGCAAAAGAAAAGCAGAAUGCAAAGAAGGUUCAAGAGGCCAAAUGAAGACUGAUGCCCUUUUCUUUUUGAGGGAUUCUUUGUUGCUUGAAAGGGGAAAUGUUUUUCUGCAUCAAAGUAACUCUGCAAGACAUCCUGUGAAGUUUGAAUUUGUCCAGCGCACGUUUGCCAAUUUGUAACAGUUUGUCCUGUCUCAUUUGCACGGGGUCUACAAAUCCUUCCUUUUGCCCUGCAUCAUGUGCAUGUACUAGCACUCAGUAAUGGUUUUUAGAGUUUUUGUCAAAUUCCAGUAUUGAACAGUGAUAUCUGACUGAUUCUUCAUAUUUAAUCAGAAAAUGCCACUUCAAUUUGUAUAGACCCAGAUGUGUGCAAGUAAUGUACAUCUUUUUACUAUAAUGAACAUAUUUAAAUACCUUGCCUCCCAGUGAAGUCUUGGGGAUAUAAUUACAUGAAUAUGGUUUGACUUAUUGUUAUGAAUAAGUUCAUCUGUCUGCUUAUCACCACAAGCUGUCUUGGUCUCUUGAGUCUUUCAGUGGCUUGCUCUGUGUUCUUGUUUAUAUGGAAUUGUGUCUAAAUUUUCUACAGAGCUGGAAGUAAAAACAAAAUGAUAGAAUCAUUUACAAAGACCAGAGAAGCUUAAGAGUUUAUUGCUUUUAGUAGGAAAAAUAAUAAUAAUAAAUAUUCCCAUUUUUAUUAUGGCAAA